AUGACGAGGGUCCGCUUCAGAUCCUGUGUCGAUGACGAAGACGCUGGCGACGAUGGCGAGGAUUGUGGAUCGACCGACAAGACGGACAAAGGAUUGAAGAAGCGCUCAACCGCCAAAGCAUAUGACAAGCAUGAUCAGAGUCCGUCGAAGUCAACAUGGCACCACGACGGGGCCGGUCUCAGGCGUGCGGGCACUGGCCAGGCCGAUGGCACCUUUCGGAGGACCCAAGCCAGCGAAGCCAGAGCCGGCGAGGGCGUCCGGGAAGGCGAGUCUUAUUCGAGACAACCUACGGGCACGCGUCUGAGUGUGAGCAAAUUCCGCAUGCAGGCGACUACGAUGGAGCUGAAGGUCAGGCUUGAUCCCACUCUCAUCAGCUUCGAGGAAGCGUGUGGUGGGGUACUGCGCUGUGCCGGCCACGGCGGUGACCGACUCUGCUCUCCGUCCGGUCCGCAGAAAGGCAGUGGAAGAGGGAAGGUCAACACGGAGGUCAAAGGGUUGUUUUUGCGCCCCGAUGCCGAGGCAUCCGAGGCGCACCGUCCGAACGUAUAG